ACACACACACACACACACACACACACACACACACACACACACAGAGACAGACAGACGGCACAACAACACAGCAGCAUGGAGGAGGUGUGAGCCUGCAGGGAGAAACAACACAAAGCUGAAGAUGGAUUCAAACCCGCUCAUAAACGCCAUGGACCCGUCCAUCACGCUGUGGCAGUUCUUGCUCCACCUGCUGGAGGACCAGCGGCAGCGUCACCUGAUCUCGUGGACGGGCGAGAACGGAGAGUUCAAGCUGCUGGACGCCGAGGAGGUGGCUCGCCUGUGGGGGCUCCGCAAGAACAAGCACAACAUGAACUACGACAAACUGAGCCGAGCGCUGCGGUACUACUACGACAAG